CUUGCUUUCCGUCUCCAUGGAAACAGUAACAAGCGGAUGAAGUUUGCGGUUCGAGGAAGAAGGAUGUGCCUGGGCCACACUUCAGACUCCUAACAGCGACACAGAACAAAUGACAUAAAAAUAUUUUUUUCAAAGCCAAAGAAAUCCAUUCUCCAUGGAAAAAUAAGUUGACUGGUCAGCACAUAAUGUAGACGAGUGUUUGGGCUACCCACACUAGGUUUCCCUAAACAUCAAGGAGAACAAGAAGAGUCUCGGGGCAAAUCAUGUCAAGACUGCCAAGGUGAUGUAACCAGUUUUUGAUGUCAACGGCAGUGUGACAACAAAGACAGCUGCCUCUAAAUAGUGUCGCAACAAAGGCAGCUGCCGCUGUUUAAAUGCCUUCACACAUCAGUGGCAGUUUCUGUUGACACCGGAAGUGCCUUACGAGCUACCGCUGCCACGAUUUGAGCUUGCCCUUAUUGCACAUGAUGUCAGAUAAAGGUUCACACCAGGAGCCUCCUCUUCCUCCUGAUUUGGAUUGGCUAGAACAGUUGUCUGAAGAGGACGAUGGUGACCUUGUGGCUGCGGCUGAUUAUGGUCAGAAGAGGAGUAAUGACGAGACAGCACGGAUGUUCAAGCUGAGGCGAAACCUGGACCAGCUGGACUCUUUCCACCGACAGAAGGAGCAUGGCGUGCUGAAAACCAGAGAAGAGCUGAAACUCUGUAGUGAGAAUGUUAAAAGUUUGGAGGAGCAGAGGGAUACUUUGGAGGAAGAGAUAGACCAACAGAAAGCAGCAGACAACAGCGUGGCAGUGUUUCGUUUACGAACCCAGCACAAGCAUUUGUGUCAAAAGCUGCAGAGUGAAGAGGAGCUGGAAGGCCGCAUCAACACUGAGCUGAAGCAGCUAAAACGGGAGCUGAAUGAGGUGGAGGUGGAGCUCAGCAGAUUCUCUUCGCUCCGGCAGGAGCUGCAGGAGGAGGAGCUGCUCUUCCAGGACCUUAAGGUCCAGAAGGCAGCAACAAGGCUGCGGCAGGAAAGAGAAGCAACCCAGAACCUUCAGCUCAAGAUUCAGCAACUCAAGGACAAACAGGUCAUCAUGAAGAAAAAAGAGGAGCGUGAAUGUCAGAAGAAAAUUGAAGAGCACCAGGCGAACUGCAAGAUAACAGCCAAGUACUUGAAAGAGACCAUUAAAAGGCUGCAUCAGGAGGAGGCAGAGAAGGAGGAACAGAACAGACAGUUACAGGAGAAGAGGAUACAAGCUGUCGAGUCACUGAAAUCCAACAUAGCAGCCACACAAGAGAGCUUUCGGAUCAAACAAAGCAGAGCUAAAGCAAAUGCCCAGGAGAAAGAACAACAACAAAAACAAUUGAGAGAAUCCCUGGAGUUCCAAGGCAUUAACAGUUUCAGGCAUAUGCACCAACAGAAACAACUCGAGACGAUAAAACAAAAACAAGAGGAAUUCGAAGAGAGACAGAAGUCAAAGAAGGUGAUUGUCGAAAAAAUCAUCCAGAAGGAACAGCUGGUGAAGAGCAGAACGAGGCAGCAGGCGAAACUGCCUAAUAUCUCAAGCACUGACAAGUUGUCAUCUCUGGGGAGGGUAGGAGACUGGAACUACCUGGAACCCAGACCCCCACCAGCCACAGAGGAGAGAGCCACAGCUCAGUUGAGAGAGACAUGUGGCCUCAGCAGCUCAUCGUCAGCUUCCUCUGAUGAUGAGGACCCAGAGGAAACCAUGCGCCAGGAAGUGGACCACCUGAGUCUCGCUGACAGCUUGGCUCAGCCUGAGUGUUCUGGGCUGUGGGACGAGAAGUACAAGAAACUCCUCAAUGAGAAGACAACCCUGGUGCAAACGGAAGUGAAGCAGGAAGAAGCUGCAAUGACCAGUGGAAAGCUCAACGUGCCUGCAAAACAAGUUCAUGGAAAAAAGUGGAAAGGGCCUUCAUUCAUCAGCAAACCAGAGGUCAUCCUCUUCAAGGACUUUGAAGUGGGGAAAAUGUACAAGAAGAAAUUUGUUCUGACCAACACCAGCUACAUCAAGAACCACUGCAAGCUUGUCGGGGUCUCUGCUCAGCUGAAGGAUUGUAUCUCUAUCAAGUAA